CCUUGGAAGCCCUUGGAUGCCCUUGGGAACAGAGUGACUGAUAUCCACCGCUACACCCUGAGACUCGGUCAGUAGCCAUCUUGCCCCGAAGACAUGAAGAACACCGUCCUUAUGUUCGUUGGCGUCCAGCUCCUGGCCCUCUCCCAGGGGCGCCUAGCUGGGCACCCAGCUGCUGGGAUCGCCUCCUCCCAGCACUCCCAGAAGCUAGGACAGCAAGAUGUCAACAUUGAUGGCAUGGAAACUACAAUAGGACUGGCCACUGCUUACUACAUGAGGGGGUUGAUGUCCACCAGUUCUAUAUUCGACAAGGUCAUCAACGUCCUAAUCCCAACAAAUCCCAGUGAUGACAUUGACUACUUCCAAGUGAUCAAGGAGAACGUGAAACAAGUGGCCGGGGACUACAUAGACCAACACAACAUGGACCAACUCGAGGUCUACAAGACCGAUUUGGGCUACUUGCUACAGAGGUACUACGAAUCACCAGUAGACAGCACCACUUACCCAGACAAGAACAUUGUUGCCAACUCUCUUUCCACGUCCAUCGUUGCCAAUCGUUACCUGGUGGAAGCUGGGGAGAGACCUGAGUCUAUGAUCAUUCACUUUUCUGAUAUAGCAUCCAUUCACAUCCUUGUUCUCAAGGAUGCUGCGGAGACGUACAGUAGCCCAGAUGUCAUCUCCCGCUGGUGGGUCGACCUCAAUGAUCAACUUGCACAUUACAUCGAUCAUGGUCGUCGACUCCAGGAUGAUGUAGUGGACUGGAGGAAUGAUAUGGUAGGUACCAGAACCCUGGCAGGAUGAUGUAGUGGACUGGAG